AUGAACUUCGACCAGAAGGCUGUGAAAUUCCUGGCCAAUUUUUACAUCAAUGGAGGCAAAUACUGGACGCACGGCCCCCUGAGACAAAAAAGGCCCGAGGCUGCCCUGCUGUCCUGGGGUGCAGAUGAGAUGAGGCCCGUGAGCAGGAAGAGGGCCCCAGUGGGUCGGAAGUCAGACGUGGGGUCCCCUGGGGCGUGCCCGCCCGCCUGCACCCGGACUCUGCGGGGGCUGCUGCUGGAGCAGCGUCCUCCGCUCCAGGCCGACCCGGACGUUCCGGGCCCAGCCGAGUACACGCCCAGAGCCUUCGUGCGGGAAAGCUCCCCGCAUCCUCAUUACAGCACCGGUUGCAGGUACCCGGGCCCAGGUACGUCCCUGCCUCUCCCAGAGGGGGGGGCCCCCGGGAGCCCUCAGUGUGGGCCGGGCCGCGCCCGUGGGCUCCCAGACCUUCUCUCUGCAGCUUGCACUCCUGCUCCGGCCGCCUACUACGUGGAGGACUGCUACGACUCGCGCUUCCCCUCUGUUCCUGGGGUGGUCAUCCAGGGCGUGCGCAGGCCCAAGCGCCACGACACGGGCCCUUUCUGCGCGCUCUAGGGCCCGCUGAGCUUGGCGGGUCCUGUCUGUCAUAUGGAGGAUCCCUGGCUUUCCUGGGGGUCUCCCAGGCCUCCUCAUGAUUGUG